UCCCUUUUCCACCAUCAAUCCCGUUGUGGUCUCCUGCGAGAUCCAGUCCACCCUCGAGCAAUUGAUUCCCCUUUGUGGGCCAGUUUGUGGGGAAUAGCGAGAUUCCGAUGAUGUUGCAGUAGAUUGCAGCAAACAGCAGCAGAUCGAGCUCAGCGUCGAGGUCCGGCUCCCUGGAUAGUGUUCGCAUCGGUGGGUUUUCGAGCAGUUGUUACUUGGCCUUUGCGCAUGGCAUGGUCCUUGCGCCAGUCGAAGCGCGAGCGGUGAAUUUGUGCUAUGUUUCUCAUUUUGAGAACUAGGUCGUGGUGUUUUUGGGACUCCCAGGUUGAGAUAGUCCGUUCUAGGUUGGUGGUGUUCGUGAAGCCGGAAACUAGGGGAAUCCAGGUUAAGGAGACACUUGUGAGAUGGGCCUUCUGCUUGGGCGGUGAUGGAAUGAAGGCUUUUUCUACUUUUUAAAUUUGGGUUGUCUGGUAGAGGAGGAGAAUCUCGUAGGAUUUUAACGCUGGAGGAAUCGGCGUCGUAUGUGGAAAUCUCUUAGCGUGCUUGCAUCGAAGGGAGAGGCUCGCCAUAUUUGGGGUGUUUCAAGCUGUGCGUGGGAAGGAUGUGGGUUGAUGGGUCUUGGUUUGCUUGUUUGUACAGAGGGUUAGGAGAUACGCAUUAUUCCUAGUUAUUUAGCUUGGGUGAGGUCAAUUCGAAGGUCUUUAUUACCUCGGUGGAGGAGGGCCGAGGACCACUAGGGUUGGUUGGUUUGUUCUGUAUCCUCGUUAAUACAGUACACGGGAUUAAAUCACAAGACACAAUCGAGGCUGCACUGACAUUCUGGAAAUGCACGAAGAAGGGGGAUGUUCGAGGCAUGUGAGACGAUUCUGGAAUUUCAGUAGAACUUGCAGGCAUAGGUUUAGAGGGUGAAAGGGAGUGAUUCAGUCCUGUAGAUGGUUAGGAGUCAAGUGUGGCAAGCACUGAAACGUAGACCUUUGUUACGGAGUAAUUGAAGAGAGUUUAUUUGUACUGAAUGGUUGUCACGUGAGAUAUCAUACACUUUGGAGUGGUGAUUGUUUAGUUUUAACUAGCCAACCAUCUUGUUUGUGGAUUCUUCACGGUGAGGUUCAACGGUGCUCCUUAUGAUCAGAGAUGGAACUGCAUGGUGGCGAAUUUCGAGCUGACAUCUCUCUCGUGGAUGCACACCAUUCUCCAAAUGAAGGGGACGAAGCUCAUAUGUCAGACCGUGAUCAUAUUCUGCACGACUCUAAUGGUAGCCACGUGAACGGCGAUAGUCAUUUGAUAGACGCUACCAAUCACCAUUCCCUCGUCGCGCUUGAUGAAGAAGUGGUAUAUGGACAUCCUCAGGGCUCGCGGUGUGGGCGGAUAUAUAAGAAAAGCAACUGGGUGGUGGAGGAAAUGUUGAUCCUGCAAGCGGCGAAGAGGGAGGACCUCCACCGCCAUGAACGGGGUAUGAAGGGCUCACAAAAUCCUGCACAGGAGAGGUGGAACUGGAUUGAGGACUACUGCUGGGCUUCUGGAGUUCAACGGAGUGCCCAACAGUGCCAUGAUAAGUGGGAAGUUAUCUCAACCGCAUACAAAAAAGUCUACACCAAUGAGAAAUACUCGUGCAAUGGACACAAGUCUUACUGGAACAUGUCGCCCGAGGAGCGCAAGCGAAACAAACUACCACCAAACUUUCAAAAGGAGAUAUUCAAUGCUUUACUAGAGUGGUGUAAUACCAAAACUAAAAAUUCGGACUCUGGAGAGCUUGUAGUUGAUACGUCGGGGCCCUUGGGACCAUCAGGUGUGAAAGCAGAUCUUGUGGAUUCUGAAGACGAAAGCGAAGAGGAAACAAGCGGCCCAAAUCACUCCGGGAAGAAGAGAAAAGUGUGGUCGAAAACAGAUGAGGCCCUGGCAAUGAUACUGGUUCGCAACAACAAGAACGUAGUUGAAGCAAUGCUGGAGUCCGAAGACAGGAAAGAUAAGCGACACCGAGAGGACCUUGAAAUGGAGAGAGUGAAACUGGAGUUGGAGAAAGAGAAAUUUCGGGGUACCAUGAAACUGGGCAGUGGUUAUAUAGAUGCCCUCGUCAACAUAGGUGAUGGUCUUAAGCAGCUAAGUGCUGCGCUUUGUGCAAAUAUUCAUUCAUGACAUGUGUUGAAUGCUCUUCUGGUCUCUGCCACAAGCAUGAACUAAGUACCGAUUUGUUGGAGUCCUCACAAGCUAAUGAGGUAUAUAUCACUGUAUGGAUUUUUUUGGUGCUAACUAUGCUCCUGGGAUUACCGGCGGAGUCUGUUUUUUUAUAUAAGGGUACCUGAGCUCAGCUUUGUUGCUGGUAGGAUUUUGCAGCAUUGCUAAUGUUAUUACUUUUAGUCAUGAGCUCCUGCAAGAACUUUACUUGAAGUAAAAGGAAUAUUAACUGUAAGGCAGUUGCAAACAAAUGCGUUAACCUCAUGGGUUAAUUACAGGUUCCAGAGCUAGAGCACUUUAAUCUGCUAUCAUCCUUUCAUAGAUACACAUUCACUCAGCAGAAAAUGAUUCAAGCAUUUGUGCUUUCUUACUUCGAAGCUUAUGGCAAGGCAGUAAAUUGUAUUUAGUUAGCGUAGCGGCUGAUUGGAGUGGAGCUCGCUCUUCCAUGGUGAAGGUUUCAUAUGUGAUUUGAACUUUAUACGGUUGGAUUUAGUGGUAACCUCUUAUAUUUUUGAUGGUUAAUAUGGGUAAUGCAAAAAGAUUUUUAAGGCU